CUAUGCUGGAAACUAAACACCUCUGAGUAUGUCUGUUAUAGGCACAGUUUCUUGGAAAAAAAAUUAAUAUCAGAAACUUAUAAAGAAGAAGCGGUUUUUGUUGCGCUCAAGAGUAUGGGAGAAACCAUGAGAGGGCUAAAGAGCACAGAGGAUCACCAAGACAAGAGCAAGGGAAGAGGUGAAAGAUCAUCACCAGCUAUCUCUUCCCAGAAACUCUCGUGCUUCGACUUGAACGAAGAAGCAACCUUUGACGAGCACGAUGGCCUUGCCAAGGAGGAUGACCUCACUUCUGAUGAAGAUGACAACGAUGGCAAUAGAGAUGCUCAAAAUGAUCCUGGAAAUGGGAGUACUGAGCGUGCUGAGACUACGAAAGCAGUGAGGCAAUAUGUGAGAUCGAAGAUGCCUCGGCUACGAUGGACACCCGAGCUACAUUACUCCUUUGUCCGAGCUGUGGAAAGGCUUGGAGGACAAGAAAGAGCCACUCCGAAGUCGGUUCUUCAGCAAAUGAAUGUGAAGGGACUCAGCAUUAACCAUGUCAAGAGUCACUUGCAGAUGUAUCGAAGCAAGAAGCUUGAUGAGGCCGGGCAAGUAAUGCGUGGUUAUGGAUCGAUGCGACUAAGAGACCACAAUAUCACUAGAAAGAUUCAUCAAAUGACUGGUUCUCGCCAUCACUUCAGGAUGGAGAAUGGAAGAAUUGUUCUAGCCAGAAACUAUUGUGGUGACCGCAAUUAUUCGGAUUCAGACUUCUCAAGGCGGUUACCAUUGGCUUUCGACGAUCAUGCCCAUAAAGCAGAAGCUCUAUUUCACCGCUGGAGAAAGUUGACGGGUAUGAAACAGGUCUAUGCAAUUGAUAAGUACACGAAAUUCGGCCCGACUAGACCUGCUUGGCUUCUCAAGGAAAAGAGGUGGCCUCCGGAAAGAGCAAUUACAAAUCAAUGGAGGAAUGAAAAGAUUUCAAGCAGCAUUUGGGCUAACAGCUAUUCGCAACCGCAUCAUCACUCUCAUUUUAAUGCACAAGGCAUCCGGAGAAAGCCGUGUGGAUUUCAUGCGGGGGCUUACAACUCCGACAUGCUUGAUCCAAUACUCAAGUCCAACACACUCGAGCCGAAGUCAGAGCCUCCAUUUCAGAUCAAGCUAAACCAGCAGAGCGUGUCAAGGGGCAAGGAAUGGUUGAUUGAUUUACAGCUGAGGCUAAGCCAGGGAAUUGAAGAUCCCUAUGAGCAGACUAAAUACAGCAGCCACCAGGAGAUUUGCACAAAGCUGUGUCUUUCUUGAUUCCUUUUGUCCAAAGAGCUCUUCAAAAUUUAGAAGUGAUAUGAAGAAUUGCCAGGAGAAGAGCACAACUUAUAACCAGAGUGAAAAAAUAUGAUUGAGUACUUAAAUUGGAUCUUAUCUACUUAAGGUGAAUAUUUAAGGGUGAGAGCUAUUUAAGUGCUUAAUA